AUGUCCCUAAGUGGUGGCACUGCAGGCGGGAAAGGUGUGGACUCGAAUGCGGUGGACACUUACGACAGCGGUGAUGAGUGGGACAUCGGUGUAGGAAAUCUGAUUAUCGACCUUGACGCUGACUUAGAAAAGGACAAACUCGAGAUGUCUGGAACCAAGGACGGAGGGGGUAUGACGGCUCCGCCCAGUGCUGUCGCAGCUUUGCCUGACAACAUACGAUUGGUUAGUCCUGUACCUGGCCCUCAAGGCAAGGAGAGCAAAUCUAAAUCCAAACGCAGCAAAAACUCAAAAGACAAUAGUAGCAAGGUCUCAGCUGGAGACGGGGCCAAGAAAGAAGCGCAGACACGAACCCAAGGGGAACCGACAAACACUGCAGCUACUGCAUUAGCCACUAGCAACAACUCCACCACUGGCAAAGGAAUGGAGAAGGGUGGAAAAGUCUCUCGGAACAGUGGUAAAAAAGAUAAGGAAGGGGCAAGUGGGAAAAGUAAGAAGGAGAAAAGCGAGGGAGUGCCCGUGGUGGUAAUAGCUGCCACUGAAAAGGAAGUGGUUUCUCAAGCUCAAGUAGCUUUGGGGGGUAACCGUGGUGCCCCCUUUGAGAACACACAAUCUACGGACUUGGUAGGGGCCGAUCAGUUGGGAAAUAUUGCACUUGAGUCUGUUGGGAUAGUCCCAGCAUUGACAAUUAAAACUGAACCUGAGGAGCUGGACAAUAUUGAAUGCCGAACAUUGAAGAAGGUUAAAAAUGAAAAGGUAAGAGUGCUGUUAAACAAAUUAUUGCUUGGAAUGUUUCUGCUGAAUGUGUAUCACUAUGCAAGACCAAUUUGCAAAAACCUUUGCCAAGCUGUAGGUUCAGAUUUCAUUCCAUUCCAUUUGAGAUUUGGUUUUUGGUUGAACUAUGUUUUAACUUUUAAGUCUUUAUUGGAACAUGAUGUAGCCUAGUCAGGGGUUUGGAGCUGUGCCAUCUAUUUCUCACCACUUCAGUUCAGUUUAUUAUCUACUUGAAGACAUUGCCCUCAUUUCACGUCAGUUGUGAGUAUCAGUAAGUACAAUCUGAUCAUGAUGGCUUUUUUGAAAUAUCUCAUCAAACAGGAAUAUCCUAGAAUCAUUUGAAGAGCUUGGCUACGGUUCAUUAUUAUUAAAAUUGUCUGUGGUUAUUAAACUUCAUAAAUAUCAUAACAUGUUCUACACAGGAUAUUUGUUUUCCCAAAUGAAUCAAUUAGCCUGCUGACUAGCUAGCUGAUUUCUAAUGGCAGCGCUAGUUUUUCCUUCUUCAAACAUAGACAUUGUCAUGCAAGAAACUCAUGAACAGUUGCUUAACUAUUUACCCGUACUUAUCCUGUUUCCUCAUUGAGCUGGUCUGUCAGUGUGUGUAUUGUGUGCUCAGAAACAGCCUUUUCAUGCUCUGUUAGUACCAGCAGUGGAGGGAGGUGCUGGGGACUGUUUUGUCUGUCGUCGUGUUCCAUUCUUAAUCCCACAAGCCCCAGCAAUGCCUGGUGGGUGGGUGGGGGAGGGGGUGGCAGAGCACGCCCUCACUUUCGCUGCUGCUCUGAAAGUGAAGUGGGGGGGAAGGGCCUUCGAAGAGGCAAGUUUCCCCUGUCAGGAAUGCAAAGCCGUGGAGUCUCCUCAGAUAACUCAAACAGGGAAGGAAAUCUAAGGGCAAAAGGCUUAGCAAUCAGAAAGUACUCAGGCAACCCAAUGAGCUCAGCGUGGAUUGGGUGACGACCUUGAACAAAGGGAAAGGGUCAGUCUAAGCACUGGGUUCAUAGACAAACGAGGGUCUCCAGAAAACGGUUGCCGAUAGAAGUGUUUCACUGAAUUAAUAUCUGAUUCCUUGAGACCCCAUGGAAGUUGUCCCAUGCCACGUUCUAGAUUUGUAAGCUCAAGGCCUACAUUGAAACUAAGGCCUAGAUACCAUGGACGUCUAGACCACGUUAAUGAUGAAAACAAUAUGUACUGCCCCGUUUUAUGACAUUGACAUGUACAAUGUUUGUUUUUCAAAUGCUAAAAUUAACCUAAUCUUUAUCAAUGUUGUCCAACAUGUCUCUCUUCUCCAUGUGAUGGGUGUUCCAGAGUUCAAAUCACAUUUUCCCAAACUGUAAACAGUAUCAAUAAUAAAAGUCAAGAAGAGAUUUGAAUAGCAUGUUAAGUCAUCCAGUUAGUAGCUUAUUAGAGGUUCUGAUCUUUAAUAAAGGUGUUGUACGUGAUGAGGCAAGUGCUCUGCCUUCUAGACAUUUGACGGUAACUGGGUGUGAUUAUUUGCCAUCUCAAAUGCAGUCAUUCUUUCUCUUUAAUGAUGAGUUACUUACUCAUGCUCUUAUCCUCUUUGAAUGAGUGUGCCGCUGUGUGAUCGCACUGUCUCCAUCUUAGGACAGAGCUCCUAAAGCAUUGGCUCUUGAUUCUGGAAUAAAUCAUCUCUGCUCCCUCAACGACAGCACUGCGCUCUCUCGCUCAUUAUACAAGCCUGGAGGAGCCAGGCAUUCGUCAGCUGCCUCGACGUGAUGCAGGACCUUGACGAAUGGAGCAGCUCUCAUGGAAAAUUACAUUAGCAAUGUCAGUUCAAUAGAGGAAGGAGGAGAAAAAAAAAGGGUCUGUGCUUGAGAGAGAAAGGGCCUGGCCACCACUCGGUGUAGUCGCUGAUGUGCAGUUAGGGGAGAAAGGGCCUGGCCACCACUCGGUGUAGUCGCUGAUGUGCAGUUAGGGGAGAAAGGGCCUGGCCACCACUCGGUGUAGUCGCUGAUGUGCAGUUAGGGGAGAAAGGGCCUGGCCACCACUCGGUGUAGUCGCUGAUGUGCAGUUAGGGGAGAAAGGGCCUGGCCACCACUCGGUGUAGUCGCUGAUGUGCAGUUAGGAGAGAAAGGGCCUGGCCACCACUCGGUGUAGUCGCUGAUGUGCAGUUAGGGGAGAAAGGGCCUGGCCACCACUCGGUGUAGUCGCUGAUGUGCAGUUAGGGGAGAAAGGGCCUGGCCACCACUCGGUGUAGUCGCUGAUGUGCAGUUAGGGGAGAAAGGGCCUGGCCACCACUCGGUGUAGUCGCUGAUGUGCAGUUAGGGGAGAAAGGGGUCUCACGAGAGCUAGCUUUUUUUCCUUUUCUUGCCUUUGAUCGACUGACUGGUGCUAUUGUGUGACAGCUCAUUCCUUUUAACUAGCACCAGGGCUUUGAGGACUCUAGAAGAGAAGGGAUGAUGAGUGGUUUUGAAGGGAGUGUCAGUUACGUAGACGAGGGUAGGCUAUACCUGUUCAUAUAGGCUGGUUAGCCUAAUUCUAACCAGACUUGAUGUGUAGGCCUAAACACAGAAACUUUGCUGUUGUCCCAUUGUUGUAAUUUUUGUGUGGAAAAACAAGGCGACGCAGCAAACAGGGAUUGGGAAUAAACAUAUUUCCCCAAUCCGUUCAGCCAAAUCCUACCUGGAAUGUGAACUUGCUUGGUCCUGCUGAGGCACCUUGCCGUGAAGCCACAUUGUUUUAGCCCCAUGACGUAGCCUUCUUUUCAGCCUAGCCUAGACCUGUUCCUUUUCAGCUGCUGCCUCACCAAUAUCAGUCUUGGUUAAACAAAGCAUUAUGAAAUGUAGCCUAAAUCUACUGUUAAAUGACUAGACUUCGCCCCGUGGAGCGGACAGGGACUGAAUUCUAAGCCCUAUUUUCAAAGCAGAGAUGGCCCGCCAUCAUCCGAUAAAGAGGCAAGCAGUGCAGUGCUCUGUUGUCGCCUCAGGCGAGCGUGGAGAAGUGAUUCCUCUUGAUCAGCAGACUUGUAUGUUCCGUGUGAUUGCAGCAAAUGAAGAGCCCCCAUUCAGGCUGGCGUGAGAGGCCUCUGUAGGUAAUUGGAAUCUCAAAAUUGAGCUCAAAUGGUUAUCUUGUUAAAUGCUUUGAAGGGCAAGAAUGAUUGAAUGACCUAAUGCUUGGAAGUGUGUUUCGUCAUAGUUUUUACUGUGUCUAAUCAAUGGCGUUUUCUUUGCCUUGGUGGUAACCAUCCAUGCUUGAAUUGCUUUUCCUGGUAUUAGCAGCCUUGACUUGUUAUUCCUCAAGGUGUUAUUCUGUUCACUAGGGUCCUCACAGCUAUGUGUCAGUGGUAUAAUUCAUUGCCAAUAAUGAACAUCCAAUGUGAAAAGGAACAAGCCACACUCCUUUCCCUGGCUCUCCCUAGCUCUUUGGCUUGUGCUUGGCCUCCUCCUUUCCCUGGCUCUCCCUAGCUCUAUGGCUUGUGCUUGGCCUCCUCCUUUCCCUGGCUCUCCCUAGCUCUUUGGCUUGUGCUUGGCCUCCUCCUUUCCCUGGCUCUCCCUAGCUCUUUGGCUUGUGCUUGGCCUCCUCCUUUCCCUGGCUCUCCCUAGCUCUUUGGCUUGUGCUUGGCCUCCUCCUUUCCCUGGCUCUCCCUAGCUCUUUGGCUUGUGCUUGGCCUCCUCCUUUCCCUGGCUCUCCCUAGCUCUUUGGCUUGUGCUUGGCCUCGACCAUUGCCCGGCUGUAAUUACAUUGGAAACAAAGCUUGUUGGCCCAUCAUGCCUAUUUUUAGUUGAUUUGACAACCUACUGUUGAGAGAACCUGCGUGUGUGUUUAGAUACGUGUGUGUGUGUGUGUGUGAGGAACAGAUGAAGGGAGGUAUUUUGCAGCAGCGGACUCAGUCAGUGCUGCUGUGAUUCCUGUAGUGCUACCUCUGUCUGUUAGAAACGCUCGCCCUCAGGGAGCCCCCCCCCCCAGUAAAAACACUCAACACUAAUUGUUUUCCACGUCUGUCAUUAGCCUCUGUCUCCACAACAAUGUAAAAGGCUGUGAGGCUAAGCACAAACACAGGGCUUUAAAAAAGGGAGGGUUAGUGACAGCAAUUCUACUUUGCCCACCUAUUUAGAUAAAGCUAUAGACUUGGAUUAUUGAGGCUAGAUCUAAGGUCAGUUAACUUUUGACCCCUUAAUGGUGUUAAGGAGAUAAGGAUUGUGUAAACUGAUCUCCAACCACUUCUUGGUUGAGCUAGUCUAUUUCUCUCAGAUCCAGAAACAUUUAGGCUUGAGUUUGCCUGAGGUUGCGGUGGAAUUCACUGUUUAAUGUGUUGCCUUUGUCUCCUUAUGAAAAGGACACAUUUUAUUCAUUCUCCCUUUGUUUCCUCAAAGCACGUGCAGGCAAGCUGUUAAAUGCCUUUGUCUGGGCUCUUCUGAAUUUCUCAAACUGUCCUUUCAAGUGUUUAUGUAAAUUGAGAUCAGACAAGCGUUCAUAAUACUGAGAAAAAUACCCAACAUUUGUCACAAUCUUAAUGCUCAAAAUUGGUGCAGAUGUCGGCAUAAUCCAUUCACAUCAAUAUUAUGCUAGAUUCAUUUUGGCGUCCCAGAAGAAAACAGCUUUGAAACUGGAAUGUGUGUCAGUGUUGCUACUGGCUGCUCUGCAGCAGGAAGAAGUUGGCUUCGGUAUGUGGGUCUUGUUUCCUUUACAACUUUCCCCACUUAAGAAAGUCUUAUCUGUGUUUGCUAUUGUGUAGGGUGAUGAGGCAACAAGAUGAAGUGGGAAAUACUGAUUUAUACUCAGCAAGCAAGCGGCUGAAAUCCUGUCAUGGCAUAUUCUGCUGUAUAGUCACCACUUAGCCUUUUGCUCUCUCUUUACAGUCUCCCGCUCAGAAACUCCUUCCCAUACAAUUGUGUUUCUUUGUUCUGUAGGCUAGAUGGCGUGAAUGAUUCGUUAACAGUCGAGGUCACAUGUCUACCCUCAAAGAUGUCUAUAUUUAACCAGCAAUUUGCCAAAACGUUGCAGUUUGCUGUCAGCUAGCACAGUUCUCUCUUGUCCUUUUCAAAAGGGUACAGCUGGGAGAAUUUGCAUUACUGCCAAGAACAUCUUACCGAAUGUUUGUGCGGUGGCCUCAAUGUACCGCUACAAAAGGAGCCUUAGCUCAUGGCUAUUUUUUUUAUUGGGUUGUCGUAUUGGUAGUGUUCAGUGUCUCUUUACCGUGGUGGGGAUGAAAGCGCUGCGAGGACAGUGACUCCACCUGUAGCAGAGCCAUUCCCAGAGCUGAUUCUGCCUCAGGAACAGGGUCGUUCCCCAUCCCCCACGGUCAGUCCAGAGGCCUCGUCAGUGAAUGGGAAUGGGAAAGCUGCGGGCCACUAA